UCAAAAACAUUGGAUUCUACAUCUGAGAUUUGAAAUUGAUAAACAUUGUAUUCAUGUGAUAUUCCCGUAUGGGGAUAUCCAAUGACAAUGUAACGGGGUUUGUUCUUGCAGUUUCUUCCAGCAUUUUCAUCGGUUCUAGCUUUAUUGUUAAAAAAAUGGGGUUAAAAAGAUCCAACACCCCAGGAAGAAGUGCAUCCUCCGGAGGCCAUGCGUAUUUGUAUGAACCUUGGUGGUGGAUUGGAAUGAUUUCAAUGAUUGUUGGAGAAAUCGCCAAUUUUGCAGCUUAUGCAUUUGCACCUGCACUGCUUGUGACUCCUUUAGGAGCUUUGAGCAUCAUUGUUAGUGCAAUACUGGCUCAUUUUAUAUUAGAAGAAAAACUACACAUAUUUGGUGUGCUUGGAUGUGCUCUUUGUAUGGUGGGAUCUACAACUAUUGUUUUACAUGCUCCACAUGAAAAAAUUAUUCACUCUGUUAAAGAAGUAUGGCAUCUUGCUACAGAACCAGGUUUCAUUGUGUAUACUUGUGCAAUUGUGAUUUUAGUUUGUGUCCUCAUUUUCUAUUGUGUUCCAAGAUAUGGUCAGAGACAUCUUGUUGUAUAUGUCGGAAUAUGCUCUCUCAGCGGAUCACUUACGGUUAUGAGUGUGAAAGCAGUGGGAAUAGCUAUAAAGCUUACAUUUGAAGGCACAAAUCAAUUCACUUAUUUUGAAACUUGGUUCUUUACUUUGCUUGUCAUAGGAUGUUGUAUCAUGCAAAUUAACUACUUGAACAAGGCCUUGGACACCUUUAACACUGCAGUUGUAUCACCUAUCUACUACGUGAUGUUUACAUCAUUUACCAUAUUUGCCAGCAUAAUCAUGUUUAAGGAUUGGGACUCACAAAAUGCAUCGCAGAUUGCUACUGAGUUAUGUGGAUUUGUGACAAUUUUAUCAGGCACAUUUCUCCUUCACAAAACAAAAGAUAUGGGAAAUAAACCAAACACAGAAGAAUCCUCUCCCUUUUCAAGUCCAAAUCAAGCUAAUUUCGUUGAUGAUAAUAACCAUAAUAGUAAUACCAAUGAUAACAACAACAACAAUAACAACAACAACUCAAACACAUGAAACCCAUGAAUUAAAAGAAGGCAAUUAACAAUCUCUCGUAUUUGUUUCCACAUUAUGGAAAAAAUGAUCAAAAUCAUGACUCGAUCUUUCAAAGAAAAGAAAGAAUGAGAAAGAUGUGAGGAAUAUUGGAUGGCUUGAACAAGUUUGCAGUGUUGAAAAGGGCAAGUGUGCAAGUAUGAUGCUAAUGUGAAAGAAUAAAUGAAGCAUAUUUUAAUGGCAAAAAAUUCAAAUACAAGUAGUUGGGUUGAAUUCAAAUUGUUAUCAUGCCUUUACUUUUUUG